AUACAACACCUCAGGCAACCUGCAGAGACAUAGACUGGUCCUUGCUUCUGCUCGUAUACAUCUGCGCAUCUCAAGCGAUAUCAACUGGUCCAUCCGGCUGCUUCAACAAAGAAGCCUAACUCAAACACAAGUCAGCUACAGCGUACAGCUCCAUAUAUAGCUCUUUCGGCAACAGUAUCAGGUAUUGAAGGCUCAGCGUUCACUGAGAAUUGCUCUGCCACGAGAUCUGAUCGGCCUAGCAGACAGCUCGCCGUGCGCUUCACGUCGUCAUGUCCAGCGACGGCGAUAAUGUAUCGCACAUUGAAUCCUGGACGGCUGAGGAAGUCUCAGCGUUCCUUGCCGGACUCGAGCUUGCCCAAUAUGAUGAUGACUUUGCAGAAAAUGGCAUAACCGGUGAUAUACUGGUACAUCUUGACCACGAAGCGCUCAAGGACAUUGGCGUUGUUAGUGUCGGACAUCGCCUUGCAAUACUGCGCAAGGUCUAUGACCUCAAGAUCAGGGAUGGCGUUCAGAUUGAACCCGAACACUUUGUACCUGCCUCUGCUUCCGGGGCAGACACGCUCGAGGCCCCUGCUUCGCUGACAGAUGUCUCGAAAGAUCUACUGACCAUCACAUCAGCAAUUCAACAGCGCGAUGAACGUUUGGCAGCCUCGGAUGCAGAAGUCAAGCGGCUAAGCGAAUCCUUGGCAAAACUCAAGGAGCAACUCGCACCAAUAUUCAAAAUGGCCAAAGAAAUGCAACCUUUGCCUACGCCAGAUCUCUCUUCCCCUGCUCAAGCGAUACCGCGCAAGUUUAGCACAAAGAAACUCUUCUUGGGCUCAGCACCAAAGCAAAUAUCACCGACACACCCUCCUGCGCAAUACUUUUACGGUGAGCCAGAGAGUCCGCGAUCGCCAAGCCGCACGUUAGAUUCCCCUGCUUUGCGUAGUCAGACUCCAGCGGGUAUAGCGAGCACGCAGCACCUCGAGGUGGUUCCUCCUAGGCUGCCCCCUCCUCCAAGACCUCCGCCACCUGGUUCGUCGUAUAGCGCUUCGCCCAAUUCGACUCCCUCGAGCAGCAGUAAGCGAGCUGAAGAACAUGCAGCUGCUGCCAGUGCCGCAGCAAUGGACGCCUUUAAGUCAUUCCGGGUAGGUCUAGACGACCCUUGCUCGAAAGUGCUUCCUGCUGCCUUGAAGAAGUACAAAAUCAACAGCGAUUGGCGCGAAUAUUCGCUCUUUAUAUGCUAUCAAGAUCAGGAGCGCUGUUUAGGCCUAGAUGAGAAGCCUCUCUUGGUUUUCCAAGAGCUGCAACGCGCUAACAAGUCCCCGGUAUUUAUGCUGAGGAAGCAGAAUGGCCAAGAAGAGCAAGAGCGAUUUUAGUGAUUUGGGGAAGAACAGAUCUUGUCGUAGGCAUUUGUAUGUACUCUCAAUGUCCUUGGAAAUGUCAAAGGUG